GAAAGAUUCAAACGAUCGAUUAGCCAUCAUUUGGUACAAUUAGAAGCCAAUUUUACUUUACUUGUCUCAAUCUAGAAAAAUUCAGUUCCAUAAUCUAGCCCAGGAAGCACAGCUCAUAAUCGCAACACUAAAGAGGAGAGGUAACCUACAGCAUUGUCAACAUCUCCAACAGCAUCAUUGGCAGGCCAAGCAACAAUGGGUAAGCACUACAAACUGCCGUACGCACUAACAAUGAACCCCCUCUUCCGUAGGAAUUUGUCAUUUUUGCCGAUUACUCGACUUUGUGGCCUAUCAACUGUCAUCCAAGCCGUGGCGUGCCGCGGCUGCAGCCAGCCUUACGAAAUGGAUUACUUCUACUGGUUCGCAGCAAACGAUGUGUAAGAGAUACACAGGCAUUGCGACCUUUGGUAUGACGACGCCUGGCUGCGCCAUGCACGAGGACAAAUCAGCCCAGCGUGAAUCACCAACCCCGCUCGCCAUUUCUCGUAUAAGAGCAGCCUAGACACGACGCAGUGCAAGACAGAUGCCUCCCAUUUCAACAUCGUGAGAGUAAUAUACAUAUAUCUUACUGAAAAUGGUAGAAAUAAAAUCAGGCGAUACCAAAGCCGACCGACUACAGAUUUGGGCUUGUAGGCGAUGCGCGAUGCCUAUUGCUAAUGAAGCCUACAUUACGUCUCGUAACUUUCGGGGCGAGCAAGGCAAAGCUGCCCUCUGCGAGCGAGUUGCAAACACCAAGCUCGGCGAAGAAUACCAAAGGAAUAUGACUACUGGCCGGCAUACAAUCCGGGACUUAUUCUGCGAAUCUUGCAAUCAAAAAAUUGGCUGGAAGUAUAUCCACGCGCCAGAUCCAAGUCAAGAAUACAAGAUUGGGCGUUACAUUGUCGAGCUUGAGCUGCUAGAUCGAGUGCCGAAUUAAGCCGCAUCGGCAGCCGUGGCUGAAGGAUGCCGGUACAGCGAGGCUAUGCAAGCAAACCAACACUCUGCCCGCCAAGUGCAAGAUGGACUCUAAGCGAUUUCAAGGUGCAGGUUAAUCAAUUUCUUCGGUGAGAAGAACGGGAUGUCGCUUGCCACACGUGUGGUGGCUCGGCCGAGACGAUUGGAAGGGGGCUGCAUCGGCACGCCUUAAGUGUAUACUUUGUACAUCCUGCACCGCGAAGGUCCGUCAUCUACUUACAGUACAGAAGCAGCAGCGGGCCUCGCUAAAGGGGUGAAUAAACUGGAGAAUUGCUGGGGACUCUACAGCGGACGGAAAGGGGGCGCUGCGGAUCAGGAAGCGUGGAGACAGGACCAUUGUUGAACCAUGCGCUCUUGUUGCCCAUUUUCGGGUUGUCGACACAUCAUAAUGCACAGAACUACAAUUACAGCUACUAUUUUAUUGAUAUCGUCAGAUGCAGGCCGUCG